GGAUCAGAGGGGUAAUGCAGCCCACAGACACUCUGGCUCUAUUCAACUGUGAAUCUCUGCAGCUGUGGAUUGUGCUGGGAUUCAUUUAAAUGCUUAGAAACAACAGGAUUCUGAACUUCACUACAGGAAUUAACUUUAAAAGAUAUGCUGUGUUUAGGAGACUCUCCUGACUGCCUUCGGGACCAAAUGCAGUGCAUGAUGAGAUCCCUGCAGGACCUUAAGCAGAUAAGCAAGCCGAGGCCACUGAGUGAACCGUGUGCUCGCUCCUUUGCUGUGACUCGGCUCUGCAAACAGAGGGCGCAGCAAGAGAGACUCGCUCGUCUGCGUGUCUCUGACUCCAGUGAAGCCAGCACAUAUGACUCUGCCUGCUGCCUGGCCAGCCCCCUGGAAGAAGACGAAGAGCAUCAGGAGCAUGAGCGAUUGACACAAGGCUCCCCGAGCAGUGAGAAGAGUCUGGACGUUGACUCGGGAUACUCUGAGGCUUCUUGGCAGGAUGAAGGUGUGGUGCUGAGGAGAACCAGGAAUGUGAGAGUCUCCUCUUCUGCCUGCCUCCGCACAAACAGAGGAGCUUCUGGAAGAAUCCGGCCCAAAUCGACCUCCGACGCCUGCCUGGAGCGCUGGACCGCAUUUGAAGCCAGCAACCCAGAGGACUGGACGACCUCGCUGCUGAGCCGCAGCAGGAACAGACAGCCUCUGGUUCUGGGGGACAACAGCUUUGCUGACCUGAUAAAGAACUGGAUGGACCUACCAGAGUGUCCUGAGCCAGCAGAACUAAAGCCCCAUGUGGGGCGGCGCAUGGCCAAAGACAUUUUGAUCAACAUGCGGCGCAGACUAGCAGGGAUGUCUAAAAAUGUUGAGGUGAGGCAGAGGACAGCAGACUUGACGAGGGUCAGCAGGGCUGCGGAGGACCCAAAGCGGAUGUCCUGUCCUGUGGGGCUCCAGGCGCUCAAACCUUUCUUUCACCAGUCCCACACAGGCCUACACCAACCAGACACUGACUUCCACCAUUUCACUGCUCUCAUGAAGACAGGCAGCCGACAACCCAUUAUAUGCAAUGACAUUAUCGGAUAUAUUUAAGGGAGGCUCCAGCCUGACCGUUCAAAUGAAUUGUGAAAAGAUGGUUCUAUUUUUAUAUUGGAUUUUGCCCACAAUGUUGAUACAUCUGUAAUAAAGGUAUUUUGUAUUUAAAGAAAA